AUGGCUUCAGGCAUCCAGUGGGGGUCUCGGAAUGUAUCCCCUACGGAGUCAAAAAUAUUAAAAGGUGGCUUGAGAUCUGCAGAAGCCCCUGCCGCCGCAAGCGUGGAGACUUUGUACCGCGUCCCGUUCUUAGUACUCGAAUGCCCCAACCUGAAGCUGAAGAAACCGCCCUGGGUGCACAUGCCGUCGGCCAUGACGGUGUACGCUCUGAUGGUGGUGUCUUACUUCCUCAUCACCGGAGGAAUAAUUUAUGAUGUUAUUGUUGAGCCUCCAAGUGUUGGUUCUAUGACCGAUGAACGUGGACAUCAGAGACUAGUAGCUUUCUUGGCCUACAGAGUAAAUGGACAGUAUAUUAUGGAAGGACUUGCAUCCAGCUUUCUGUUUACAAUGGGAGGUUUAGGUUUUAUAAUCCUGGACCGAGGGAAUGCACCAAACAUUUCACAACUCAAUAGAUUUCUUCUUCUAUUCAUUGGAUUCGUGUGUGUCCUAUUGAGUUUUUUCAUGGCUAGAGUAUUCAUGAGAAUUAAACUGCCGGGCUAUCUGAUGGGUUAAAAAAUGCCUUUUGAGAAGAAAUCAGUGGAUAUUGGAUUUGCUCCUGUUAAUGAACUUUUUAAAGGCUGUACCAAUCCUCUGAUGUGAAAUAUGGGAAAAGAGUGAAACAGCAGAAAAGAAGCAUCUAGUGAAAAAUCGGAAGCAUAUUAAAGCUUGAACUAGAAUGCUUGGUAUCAAAGAGACAAGCUUAUCACAGUAUUUUUUCCUGCUGGCCUAUACUGAUGUACCAAUGACGUUAAGUGACAUUUUCUUCUUAGUUUUUCAUUUCUUAAAAUAUACUCCAUUUCUACAACUGUAAUAUUGAAUAAAGUGAUUAUUUUUUACA